GGUGUUUACGAUACGGUGGCCGUGGCCCAGUGUUUAGCUCAAUCAGCUGUAAACGUAAACUGGGAGGAGGGAGGGGGAGGGGCCACUCGAUUGUUUUGUCUCGAUCAUCGACAUCGUUGUCAUUCUGUGAUAAGAGAAGUUAAAGGCCAACUACACAAUAACAAGUUUGUACAUCUACUCUGUAGACCUUCUUGAAAAUGAUUUUGAUCUUGAUGGGAGUGAGUGGAAGCGGAAAGUCAACAAUUGGGCAUAUGCUUGCAGAAAAGCUUCAGUGGACUUUUGAAGAUGGAGAUGACUAUCACCCACCAAGCAACAAAACAAAGAUGUCUUCGGGAGUUCCCCUUGAUGAUACGGACCGACAUCAAUGGCUUCUGAACCUGAAUAGUAUAAUACAAAGAUGGCAGAGAAGUAAUCAGCAUGGCAUCAUUGUGUGCUCAGCGUUGAAGCUCAAAUACAGACAGGUACUGCUAUCUGGACGCAGCGCCAAAUACUUUGAUACUGAUGUGAGCUCCUCAUCCAACUUCAAACAGAGGCACUCACAAGAUGUUAGAACAGAUUCCACAUCUGAGAUGGAAUCUACUCAUACCGAGGUGGAUCAAUUGCAGGUCGGGAAACAAGAGGAUCAUCUUCCUCACCAAAGUCUAUCAACACAAACAGCAUCAGUCCAAGAUGUUGCUACAACAUUGCAUAGACAACAGGAGGAGCAUCACUACAUUGCCAAGGACGAUGACUGUUGCGGCCUCACAGGCUGUAAACCACCCCUGGUACUGUUCGUCCAUCUCAAGAGCACUAUGGAGCUCAUCUCAUCUCGACUAAGUGAGAGGAAAGGACACUUCUUUAACCCUGGACUCCUCCAAUCUCAGUUUGAUACUCUUGAGGAGCUAGGUGCGGAUGAAGACGGUCUUGUUGUGGAUGUUAGCAAUUCGCUGGAUUCAGUCGUGUCUCAGAUAAGGGAUCAUGUUCUAACUUCACUGUCAGAGCCAAUUUGAUUUUACAGAUCUUAUAACAUAGGUGACUAGGAUGCUACAGACCAAUCCAGAGUGCUUUGGACCAUACUCACUCUUGAUGGGUUUGCUCAUUUGACUGAAUGGAAUGCAAUAGAGUAUAAACUGAUGAGACAAGACAAUGUGUUGGCUCUCAGCAGGACUAUGCAUUUGUAAAUGAUUUGAUAAAUACUGGUAAGGACUUUAUCUGAGAAUGCUAAAAUUAUAUGCAGUGCUCUCCAUCAACUUCUGUUUCCUGGGGCCUGGGUACACUUUUCUUUUUAUUUGUGUAACCAUGCACCCUCUAUAAACAUUUUAAUAAUAUGAGGGUCCAGACUCCCAGAGUGAAAAUUUGAGGGGUCUAACUAUGUCAGACCCCUAUUGGUUUUGAGCCUUGCAUUUAAAGAUGCUGUACUUUUAAUGGCACAAAGGGAUACAUGUACCUGUUCUUUUUUAACACAAGUGCAUGAUCAGUUCAAAAUAAUCAAUGUGCCAACCUCUCCAUCUACAUUUUAUGAAAAUGUUCCCAGAGCACAAUUUUUAUCCAUAAAUCCUCUCUUUUACAUCAAUUAUUUACUUUUCUGUUGAUUUUCCAGAAUGCCAUUUCCAUCACGUCAAAUUAGAUAUCUAGUGUUGUAUGCCCGAUUCACACACCGGAAAAGACUUUAAAAUGUUGACUAACUCUAGUACUGUACCUUAAUUGUGCUUUAAGCGAAGAAACUUAAAACCAUAAUAUGUUGUGGUUCUCAUUUUUUUUCACAUUAUUUCCAUUUGAUAGUUUGUAUUUAUAAUUUUUAGUGAAACAUGACCAUCAAUCCUCAUUUUUUACAAGUGAAUGCUCAAGUGACACCAGAAGAGACAAUGCAAUAAGUAUUUCCUGCAAUAAAAUAUCACAGUAUUUUAUUUCAUGUAUUCUUUAUAAAAUCAUUUACUUGAAUUCUUGAUUAAAGAAUACAAAAAAUA